UACGCUGCAAGUGUUGGAUCCAAACUGAGUAAACACACCACUGAAACCUGCUGUACCAUACAUGUUUUGGCCGACAGUUUGAGACACACUGUCACUACAGUUUUCCAUGAUAUGACUGGAUCUGUAGGUGACCGUCUCACCUACCAUGAUGGAAUCUGGUCUGUCACCCUCCACAGACCCUCCUCGCCUCAGCACCAACAUCUCCGUCAAUAACAGCAACAACAGCUGGAGCAAUCACACCCUGACUCUGCAUGGCUGCUUCCACAACGCCCUGCUGGGGGUCUGUCUGGGACUUCUGUCUCUCCUCACCAUUAUGAUGAACCUGCUCGUCCUCUACGCCAUCAAGAGAGAGAAGAGCCUGCACACGGUGGGGAACCUCUACAUCGUCAGCCUGUCUCUGGCAGAUCUGAUCGUGGGGACCACAGUUAUGCCUCUAAAUCUGGUGUAUUUGUUGGAGGAUGAAUGGAAGCUGGGACGGGCUGUCUGCCAAUUUUGGCUUAUUAUGGACUAUGUGGCGAGCACAGCCUCAAUUUUCAGCUUGUUUAUCCUGUGUUUGGAUCGAUACCGCUCCGUCAGACAGCCGCUCAAGUACCUGAAAUAUCGCACAAGGGGAAAGGCGAGUGUGAUGAUUUCUGGAGCCUGGCUGCUGUCGAUGAUGUGGAUUAUUCCAAUUUUAGGAUGGAGGUCUUUCACACAUGUGGACCUUAAACCCGAGGAGGAGAACAAGUGUGACACGGAUUUUCGCUUUGUCACGUGGUUUAAAGUUAUCACUGCUGUCUUCAACUUCUACGUGCCCUCCAUUUUGAUGCUGUGGUUUUACACACACAUCUACUUGGCAGUGAGGCAACAUCUGAGGGACAGAGAGAGAAUCAUUCAUCCAACCGAUUCAUUUGGGGAAAACGAGCAUGGACAAAAUGCCCAAACACCAGUGAGAAAUCACUCCACAUCACCCAAGAGGGAAUGUAACGUCCCGAUGAAACUCUCUAAAAAACAGCGCCUGUUGGACCAGAACACUCUAGAUCAGCCAUAUUCCCUCGAGGAUCCUGAUAAAACUAAAACAGCUUCAUCCAGAUCUCACAGAAAAAUUGGUGUGAAGUGCCAGCAGACGUCAUUGCUCGCCAUGACAACCAAAAGACUCAGAAUGGCACAGAGGGUCAAAAGGUGCUCCCUGUCUCCUGAAGAGAAGCAGUCAGACACUGAGGUGCCCCUGAGUCAACCUCCGGUGCCAAAGGACAUUAUUUGUCCAGAGGGGAAUAAUGAUUACAAACUUCGGACGUCUUUAAACGAAUGUCACGUCACGGUGCCAAAGUCAGUGAGCGGCGUCUGUGAUAUCAGUCAGGUUUCAGACGUGCAGAGAUACACCUCUGUGCUCGACAACAACUACAACCCCAGUCACGCUCUGCCCUGGAUAGAGGAAGGGGUCGAAGAUGCCAAAUUAGACCCAGCUAACGCUGUGACCCUUAGACAGACGUGGCAACGGUUUAUUGACCAAUCACGUCAGCGUAUCCAGAGCCUGAGGAUCCAUAAGGAGCACAAGGCAGCCAAGCAGCUCGGCUUUAUAAUUGCUGCUUUCUUGCUGUGUUGGAUACCGUACUUCAUAGCUUUCAUGGUCAUGGCAUUCUGCAGAGAGUGCGUGCACCACGACCUCCACAUGUUCACCAUAUGGUUAGGAUACAUGAACUCCACUCUCAACCCUUUUAUAUACCCGCUCUGCAACGGGAACUUCAAACGAGUCUUUAAAAAUAUUCUCAACAUUCAUUUGUGACAGAUAGCGGCAGGCAGAGCAAAGAGGCAGAACAAAAUCAUGGGCAUCUAACUGUUGCUGACAUUCACAGAUAAUUGAAGGGGACAGCUGCUGCAUCAAUUAAAUGUCUUUUACACCCUCGCAUGGGUGAGCUUUAUCAGUGUAGCUAAAACUGUAUAUGUCCUUUGAGCAUCAGUUAUUUUCAGUUUGUUUUAAAUCUUAUUUUUGUAUCUAACUGCCCGCUGAUUCAGACUCAUGGCAACAGUUGAGGACAAUGUCUGACGUUAAUGUUAUUUAUUUUGUCUGUGUUAUGCUAAUCAUAAUAAAGUGUAUCUGAGGCCGGAGACCUUUAAACUCCAAAGAAUUUGAUAUCUCACCCUCGGGAAUCAGGAGUAUGAGUCCAGUGUGUUGGCUCUGGUGCAGAGCGGAGGGCAACUAUGUCUAAAAUGUGUUUUUAAAGAAAAUAUUUUAUUUAUUUAUUUAUUGUUUUUUGCACUAUUCGUGUACAGAGCCAGAGUUGUAACAUGAAACAAAACAUUUUACAAACAUGCAUUUGUGAGCAGUUGUCACAUUGUUUUCUCAUCAUUGCGACAGGAUGUGGGACAUUAGCUGGCCUUUCUAAUGACAGUCCAGGAAAAACACUGAUCUUGCCAAGUGUCUGAUGAGCUGUGACCCCCCCCGGGAGCGCUGAUUUGGGAUCUGUUCAGUUGUUUCUUUAUUCCCCCCUUCCUUAUAGAGUUUUUAA